UCAACUACAGCACUGACAGUGUUCAUGAGCUCCAGAGAGAGUGGGAGGAGAGAUCAGAAUCUGAGAACAAGAGACUGGAAUAAUCCAAUAAUGGACAGGAGUUUAUCACUGGGUCUUAACGGGCUUUCUCGGCCUCGGAUAUUAUUAGCAUCGCGGAUUCAUGAUGUACUGAUGGUUAUUCAAGGUGGUUACUAUCCCAUCCUUGCUGCAGUUGGGGUUCCCGUUGAUCUAGUGACAAUUUACGUCCUUCUUUAUAAAGAUUGUGGAUUGUCUCCAUGUGUCAGACGUUACCUGGGGGCCAUGGCAGUGGCAGAUCUAUUGGCCAUUAUCCUCGACCUGAUAUUGAGAAAAAUUCCAAUUGUUUAUCGGGAACAGUUUUAUUUCCUGGUGCACAUCCCUGUGUGUAAUAUUCACGCCGUCCUGCUUUAUGUAGCCACUGACUGUUCUGUCUGGUUCACCGUCACUUUCACCUUUGAUCGAUUUGUGGCCAUUUGUUGCCAGAAGCUGAAAAGUAAAUAUUGCAGUGAGAAAACGGCGGCUGUGCACUACGCUUAUUUCCUGUUCCCUGAGGCCUCAUUGUGCAGUGAUGUGAUCAUUUUGUGGUCCUUACUGUAUGAUGUGGCUGCAGCUGCUCUUGUUCGAAUCCGGCCACGGCAUUAA